UUUCAUAGUCGAAGCAUUUGCAGAUUUCUAUUCGAUGGCGGCUGAUGAUGAAGACUUUAUAGCGAGUGACAGCGUGCGUGCGGGGACUUCAUGACUCAAGGUCAUGCUUCAGGGGAGUCAGGGUGGGUGUGUACGUCGUCUGGGCCCUUGUGACUGCCGGUGUGGAGUGGAGAGGGGGGGGGGUUGGAGCCUCCUUGGCGCAAAAUCGAUGGGCGGUGGAGAUCUGGGACGUAGUGUACCGGUUUGUUUGUAUUGUUCACGUGGGGCGGAGUGGCACUUUGCAUAUAACUUGAGCAUUAUGCGCACUGCGAUCGACAUGAGGUGGUCUGAUGGGCUGCCUGUAACCCUAGACAAGAGUGAGGAGGUCCCUAUUGUAAGGGAUCUCUUCGAUUAGGCAGUUGGGGCUUCAAGUAGGGGGUAAACCUCGUCCGAGUGUGUUUGUAUGUUGUUUGCUGACCUCUUUCUUCUCCUCACGCUCGGGCCAAACGAGGGAUUUAGUGACAAAAGGAGGAAGAAAUGGUGGGGUUUCAGUGGUGUGUAUGAGACUCGAUGGCUGUGUAUACUGCGUGCUCUCCGCUCCGUUGUAGACGAUAUUUACAAUAAGGUUUACUACUGUUCCGGGCCUCUUGUUACCUCGUUUUGGUGCUUGGAGUGUAUCAGACAAUUGAUACGCAGUGUUCCAGUCUCGCUCUCUGCUUUGCUCCACAUCGGUUGACUGUGGUUCGGGUGUGUCAUGUGCUGCUGUGGCGUCUUUUUGGAGUCUGCUCCUCGAGUCUAUUGCAAGUUCCUGCCAUGUAUUUUCCAAGUAUCGGGGAGCGCAAUGGAAUGGCUGAUGACAGGUGCAAGUGCAGUGCAAAUGGUGCUGGAGGUGCAGAGAAAUUGCUGCGAGAAGCUUCACAUGGUGACGGUGUCGUGUUCUUCCAAAGGGUUGCCGUUCGACUGUGUUUCCGAAUGCAGUCACGACGCUUGCAACAAAGGUUCGUCCUUGUCCGUUGGAAGACGUCGGAGCUGAUGCCGUGUGUGUUUCUUGAAGCUUUUUUCUCGGUUGUGCUGCUUGUUCGUCGUCUGGCUUUCACGGAGUGUCCGAUGCUUGGGUCGUCCUCGCAAAUAACCCCCAAUGUUGAAUCUGACUGGCCGCUUAAGUAAUUUUUAAGUGCAUAUUGUGAAUAAAGAUGAAGAGAAUUGAUAUCAUGCCGACAGAGAAAGCAGCGAUCGAAAUCGUAAGUGUAAAGUGCUUAACUCUAGACAGAAAAUUUAGGCUGCAAGUAAUAAUGCUAGG